AUGUCUAUAAAUCCAGAUAAAAAUGUCUUCUUUUCAUUUUAUAAAGAAUCUUCCGAACACAGCCAGUAUGAUAGGUUAUAUUUUAACGUUAUUACGACAUGUAUAUUGUAUAUUUUCAGCAAGUAUGAUAGGUUAUAUUGUAACAUUAUUAAGACAUGUAUUUUGUAUAUUUUCACCAGUAUGAUAGGUUAUAUUGUAACAUUAUUAGCAGUGCUAACAGUGGCUACAGCAGCUCCUCUCGAUCUAAAAGCGCCGUAUGCCAAAUUAGACGCCAAUGGAGAUGGAAAAGCCACGUAUGAUGAAUUCAGUGCUGCAUUAUCGUCUUUAGAUUCUGAUCACAAUGGUAAAAUAGUUCUGGGAGAAUACAUUGCUGGUUCAGUAGCGGAUAAAACCCUUGCCACCAGAAUCUUUGAUUACUUGGACUAUGAUGCCGAUGGUCAUCUUGAUGCUGAUGAUUUGAAUGUUGGAUUCCAUCAGUUUGAUGUCAACCUGGAUAAUGGCGUCUCAUUCGACGAAUUUUCGGCUGGUUUUCAAGCUAUUUUAUCUCUGUUAUUACCAGCAACAUCCAAACCUAUAGGCUAA